AGUCACAUGAGCCCAGGGACAAAACUCACAGCUCCUGGACCUGUCAACUCACUUAUAAUGGAGUUUCCAAGGAAACGCAAAGGAAGUGAUUCAGAGCCGGCCCAGUCAGAGUUCAUGACAGAAACAAUGGGGAAACCUUCCCCAGAGCCCCUUUACCCAUCUAUUUCAACAAGAAUAGAAGUAGCAGCGCCCAGUGGCAGCAGGCAAGCGCACAGUCAGAUGGAAAAGCGUCGGAGGGACAAGAUGAACCAUCUGAUCCAGGAGCUGUCAUCUGUGAUCCCUCCACUCAGCCCUGCAACCCCCAAACUGGACAAGCUCAGUGUUCUGAGGAGGGCGGUGCAGUACUUGAGGUCCCUGAGAGGCAUGACAGAGUCUUUCUUGGAAGAAAAUUCUAGACCCUCAUUUAUUCAUGAUAAGGAGCUCAGUCACUUAAUCCUCAAGACAGCAGAAGGCUUCCUGUUUGUGGUUGGAUGUGAACGAGGGAGAAUUCUCUUCGUAUCUAAGUCCAUCUCCAAAACGCUGCAGUAUGACCAGGGCAGCUUGAUGGGACAGAACUUGUUUGACUUUUUACACCCAAAAGAUGUUGCCAAAGUAAAGGAACAACUUUCUUGUGAUGUUUUCCCAAGAGAGAAACCUCUAGACACCAAAACCCCUCUGCAGGUUUACGGUCACGGCCACACUGGGCGACCACACAUGCAUUCUGGCUCCAGACGAUCUUUCUUCUUUAGAAUGAAGAGCUGUAAAAUCCCUGUCAAAGAACAGCUUCGAUGCUCACCCUGCUCAAAGAAGAAAGACCACAGAAAAUUCUACACUGUCCAUUGCACUGGAUACUUGAGUAGCUGGCCUCCAAAUGUUGUUGGCAUGCAGAAAGAGAGGGAUGAUGAGAAAGAUAGUGGCCCUCUUACCUGCCUUGUAGCCAUGGGACGGUUACAUCCGUAUGCUGUCCCUCAGAAGAGCAGCAAGAUCAGAUUGAGGCCAACUGAGUUCGUAACCCGCUUUGCAAUGAACGGAAAAUUUGUCUACGUUGAUCAAAGGGCAACAGCAAUUUUAGGGUACCUGCCUCAGGAACUUUUGGGAACUUCGUGUUAUGAAUAUUUUCAUCAAGAUGACCACAGUAAUUUGAUGGACAAGCACAAAGCAGUUCUGCAGAGUAAAGAGAAAAUACUUACAGACUCGUACAAAUUCAGAGUGAAGGAUGGCUCCUUUGUAACCCUGAGAAGCCAGUGGUUCAGUUUCACUAACCCUUGGACCAAAGAGCUGGAGUACAUCGUGUCUGUCAACACACUGGUCUUGGGGCGCAGCGAGACCGGGGCCCCAUCCAUACUUCACUGCAGCAGCCAGUCCUCGGAAGACUCAUUCAGACAGCCCUGCGUCAGUGUGCCUGGCAUGACCACGGGGACCUUACUUGGUGCUGGGAGUAUUGGAACAGAGAUUGCAAAUGAGGUUCUGAACUUACAGAGGUUAAACUCUUCAUCCCCAGAGGAUUCAAAUCCUUCAGAAAUCUUGAGAGACAGCCAUGGUAUAAACUGCAGGAAUGCUAGCGUGCCUGUGUCCACAAAGGAGUGCUUUUCACCGAGUCCUGAAACGGGGAGCCUGGAGGCUGCCAGGCAACACGGGAGCAUUGGAGCUGCUCACAGUCACGGGCCCCUCCUCAGUGGUGGUGCCCAGCUGGAUUUCGAUGCCCUGUGUGACAAUGAUGACGCAGCCAUGGCUGCGUUCAUGAAUUACCUCGAAGCAGAGGCGGGCCUGGGCGACCCUGGGGACUUCAGCGACAUCCAGUGGACACUCUAG